AUGGAUUAAAACGCACAACAAAGCACUUCAGGAGCAGCAGUUAGCAAUCUUCCCAACGAUUACGAAGAGAGAUACAGAAAAUUGAAAAAGAAAUACGCUCUUCUACUUCAAGAACAUCAAAAAGUUUUAAAUGAAUUCGAAAAGUCAAAUGAGGAAAUUCGUAUUUUAAACAAUGAAAAGGCAUUCUUAAAAAAUAAAAUAAAUGAUAUUUUGUCUCGCAACGGGUUUGAUGUUUAAAGUUUUGAACAAGAAGAAUAAUUAAAGGAAGGCGGAUCAUCUGCAAACGAUCAAAUUAAUAAAAUGGAAGAUUUCUCCAAGUAAGAUGACUCUGCAAUCCAACAAGAAUGA